AUGCUAUACAAAAUUAGCAGCCGAGGAGCUCUUCGCUCUAUUCUCUACUCAUCUCGUGCCCAUCACAACCGCAUCACAACCGCUGCAACUCGUACAAAUUCAAGGGUAGCCCGUCCUACAAUCGCGCAAUCAAUUCCACGGAGAUCAUUCUGCUCGUCGCCUGCUUCGUUCAAGGGGAUCACACCGGGUUCCUCAGAUCCUGCUCCGCCAAACCCUGAGCCCAACUACAUCGGGGUAAAGCAGGCCACUGAACCAUCAUACAUAUCUGAACCGGACUACCGUGAUCGCUCAGAGGAGUAUAUCAAUGCACUGCUGGCAGAGAUAGAGAGGACCCAGGAAGAGCAAGGCUCCGAGGUAGAAGCCGAAUACAGUGCCGGAGUUCUCAAUGUUGUUGUCCCCGGAAUCGGUACCUACGUUCUCAACAAGCAGCCUCCGAAUAAGCAGAUAUGGCUCAGCUCGCCCAUCUCUGGCCCCAAGCGGUUCGACUGGGUCCUUCAAGGCGACGAGAUGGCCGAGAAAGAAGGCACUAGAGAAUACGUCGGUGGACAGUGGAUAUACCUUCGUGACGGGACAAAUCUGACAGAUAUUUUGAACGCAGAGCUGAACCUGGAGAUGAGGGCAAAGGUCUACGAGUGA